GAUUAAAGCGCGUUACUUCUACGCGCGUGAUCUGCUUUUGCAGACCCAGGGACAUACGCUCCAAUGGAGAGCGAAUCGUCGUGCAAUCCAUGCAAGCAUGAAUAUUCGCGCGGUGGCCCGAUUCUAUCCUAUGCAAGAACAUGACGCAGCAUAUUUUGCGCUCGGUCUCAUCCAAUAUCCGGAGAAGAAAUAUGACAAGCAUGUUCAUAGGUUCGCCACGUCCACGAUAUCUGGCGCUCUCUAUGGGAAAAGGAUUGAUCACAAGGACGGCAGUGGGGUCCUGCAGAAGAUUGAGGAAAUCACACAGCGAUGGACAGACACAUUCAUGCCACAGAACAGUGUUGUCGAUACCCUCCCUUUCCUCGAGCCAGUGAUACGUAGGGUGAAAUGGUUCCGGAAGCAAGCUGACGACUGGCAUGAGAAAACCACGACUGAGGGUUUUCGCCUGUACAGUGCCGCAAAUGAAACUGAUAGUUGGGAUGCUACCACCACAGUUCAAGAUUUUGAGACAAAUCGGGAAAAAUAUGGUGUGUCCCGUGAUGAUGCGAUGUGGAACACUCUUGCCCUGUACAUGGCAGGACAAGAGACGACUCACUCAGUGAUGAGGACUUUUGCCCUCGCAAUGCUUCACAAUCCUUCGGUCAUGCGAGCGGCCCAGAGUCAGCUAGACGCCAUCUGCGAGAGCCGACCUCCCAUGGAUGCGGACAGACCUAGACUUCCGUACAUCGAAGGUAUCGCACUGGAAACAUUUCGCUGGGGGGUACCUGCACCGACCAGCGUGUUGCAUGCAGCAUCUGCGGAUUUCGUUUACGAAGGGUACAUGAUACCCAAAGGCACGAUUCUCAUCGACAAUCUUUGGAGCCAAACACGGGAUGCUUCCGUCUAUCCCGAUCCAGAGGCAUUCAAUCCCUCGCGAUAUCUUGAUCAGUCGACCGGUAACCUGCUUCCUGCCGCUGCUGAUACACAUGACAGCCUCCUCGCGUUCGGCCAUGGACGACGUGUUUGUCUAGGACGUGACUUUGCUCUGAACAACGUUUUCAUUGCCUGCGCCGACCUACUGUGGGCUUUCGACUUCUCGUGGCCGAUCGACGAACACGGUAAUGCGAUCAAGUGCGGGGUGGACGAGAUGGUCGACCACGCGAUCGUCGUAGCUCCAAGGCCUUUCGACCUGGUUCUAACACCAAGGCGGAAGGAUCUGGAAGAGCGAUUGAUGGCGGCAUUGAAAGGCAGUCAAGCCUACGUCGUUGUCAACAGCGUGCGAGCCGCCGCAGACAUCUUCGAUAGAAUGUCGGGAUCCACGAGCGACAGGCCGGUUAUGAUUAAGGCGCGCCAGUUCUAUGUACGCGAUCUGCUGUCGCAGCUCCAGAAUCAUACGCUCCAGCAAGUUCUAGAGCCGACCUCCCAUUCUCCCCCACCGGACGUCUGCGGUAUGGCCUUCUACGAAGGGUACACGAUACCCAAAGGCACAGUCCUCAUCGACAAUCUUUGGAGCCAAACACGUGAUGAUUCCGUCUAUGCCGAUCCAGAGGCAUUCAAUCCCUCACGAUAUCUCAAUCCGUCGACCGGCAACCUUCUUCCCCCCGAGGUUGACACGCAUCUCAGCCUCCUCGCGUUUGGUCAUGGACGACGUGCUUGUGCAGGACGUGAUUUUGCUCUGAACAGCGUUUUCAUCGCCUGCGCCUACCUAGUGUGGGCUUUCGACUUUUUGUGGCCGGUCGAUGAACACGGUAAUGAGAUCAAGUGCGGGGUGGACGAGAUGAUCGACCACGCGGUUGUCGUAGCCCCAAGGCCUUUCGAUCUCGUUCUAACACCGAGACAGAGAGAUCUGGAAGAGCGAUUGACGGCGGCAAUGAAAGUCUAA